CUAGUUGAUCUCAAGCAAACGCGUCUUCCAAGUUGACCAUCGUUCACAAACAUUGAUAUCCGCGCGAUUAAGAUGACCUCGAAGUUUACACCUUCGCAAGCUGUUGAUAUGUCUAAGGAGAAGGACUGGUCGAUGAACCUUGGAAUGCUUGACUGGGAUACCACCAGCAUCGUAUUCACCAAGCGCAGCCUGGUCGAGUUCCUCAAAUACACAGGGACUACCGUUGACCCUAGCUUUAGCAAUAUUCAGAAGCUACCUCGAUAUGCUCAGUUUGGCAAGCUAACGACCACCGAAGAGCAGCCAUCUGAGACAGUCGCUAGUCCCACGGUUUCCUCAUCAGAAAGCAACAGGCUUUUUGCAGAAGAAUUCACAGACGAUGCAUUAUCGAUUGCGCCGCCGCCGCCGCCAACCGUGACACAGACCACUCAGCCGGCUCAACCUAGAUCUCCGGGCAGCCCUGAUGCUAUGGGUGAUUUCAAACCCACGAGACGGGUAAGGACGCAGCCAGGCGGUCAUGACUCUAUUGGCAAUUUGUUCGGUGACGAACCCCUGGCUCAAUUUAUUCCCACUCGCAAGGUGCGACAGCGCCCAGGAGGAGAAGACAAUAUCGAAGGGCUUUUCUGAGGGUGUAUUCUUUGUAUGAAAAUACUGAAGCAAUGUCGAGGUUUAAAUGGUAUUAAAGAUGUUUUUGUUGUCCAACAACCUGCUACUAGCAUCAGUACCAUAUCGUUAGUUCUAGGCGCCUGGGAUCAAAAGCAAAAAGCUUGAUGGUAGCGGCGAGGUUCGAACUCGCGCGGACUUUCGCCCAUUGGGAUUCAGAUCGGUUCUUAAAUCCAACGCCUUAGACCAACUCGGCCAC